AUGAAGAUCUCUGUCGCCUGGACGCUUUCGGCCGCCGUAUGGUGUGCCUCCACCGCCCAUGCAGCGCCGUCUGUGGGCGCCGACCAGCUGAGCAUUAGCACGGCAGGCUCCGGUCUGGACACGCUCACUCUCGGACUCUCCACCAAGCUCUCUUCUGCCUUUACGCGCCUCUUCCGCAGCGCCAGCGCGGAUGCCGGGCCGCAGACGGGGGACAAGACGAUCUGGGAGGUGAUUACGACGUCGGACGAGUUUUCGCAGCUGGCGCACAUUCUUAACUACUCGUCCGACGCCACCAAGGACGUGCUGAAGCACAGCAAGCAUCUUACGCUCUUCGCGCCGCUCAACUGGCAUCACCACCGCGACGGUGACGACGCCGAAGCGUAUGCGGAUCUGUCGUUUGGUCCUGCGUCCAUCCAGACAUUCACGCAGAUCGAACGACAGAUCGAAGAGCUUGAGCGCGAGUAUGCCACCAACGACAAGGACGGCGAGAAGGAGAAGAAGCGGGAGCUUAUUAGGCACCUUAUCGACGCACAUGCCAUGUACCACCUGGUGCGGUCCGAUGUCGAGUUGGACGCACGAGCGAUUGCGGACAACUCGAGCGUCGCCACGUGGCUCAACACUGGCAAGGCGCAUGCGAACAACGACGGCACCGACUGGAGAGUGCGUACGGGCAAGAGUCUGUUGCCGCUGCCUGCCGUGUAUCUCAACUUUUACUCGCGCGUGGUCAAGCCCGAUAUGCGUGCGGAGAACGGGCUGAUCCACGCGAUCAAGUAUCCGCUCAUCCUCCCGCCCGACGUGCUGCAGAGCCUGUUCUUUGGACAGACGACGUUCUCCACCACCACCUCGGCGCUGCAGAAGGUGCAUGCCGACAAGUAUCUCUCGUACCGACCCUAUUCCCACCACCACCACCAUCACCAUGAUGCGGGAUUGAAGGAGGGACACAAUGUCACGGGCGUGGCGGCAGAGACGGUGUUUGUGCCUACGAACCUGGCAUGGUCUCGUCUGCCGUGGGCCUUCCGCGCAUACUUGUUCUCGCCGUGGGGCUAUCACCUGCUGCAGAAGGUGCUGAUGCUGCAUUCGCUGCCGAACGACAUCGUAUACGCCGACUUUGUCCAUCACAUCUCGCACUCGCACAAGUCGGUCGCAAUCGUCGAAGGUGGCGCCAACAAGACGUCCUACACUUUCGACACGGUACUCCCCGCGAUCGAUGGCGGCAAGGGACACGAGACGGUGGAUGUGGACGUGUACCGGUACCAUCUGCUGCCGGGCGGUAGGGGCCCGCUGCAGACGCGCAUGGUGGUGCAAAACGUCAGCGUGAUCCUGCAGGACAUCCCCGCCAGCAACGGCGUCUUCCACGCCAUCGACAAGUUCAUCAAGCCCAAGGGUCACCCCGACAAGGGAAUCUGGGCCGAGGUGGCGCACGAGGCGAGCAUCGCCGGGUUCGGCAGCGUCGAUCUGCGUGCUCAAGCUCAGGCGGCGCUGUGGUGA